CACACACACAUACACAUACACAUUCACACACACAUGCACACACACACACACACACUAAACACAACAAACGCACGUACCUUUUUCACUAGUCAGUCACCUCCUUUGAUCAAUGGUCUUUCAAUCGAAGAAUGAAGUAUCGAUUUGCCUUAACGCCGCCGCCAAAACAUUCCCGCUAAGCGAGUACGUGAGGCGAGAACCGAUCAUCAUUAAUGCUGCAUGCUUGCAUCUGGAAAAGUUGAACAAGUAGUUCAGUAGGCCACUUUUUCAUUGCUCGUUAUCAGACAAUAACACUUUUGCUGAAAAUGUAAGGAGUUUCUGUGAGAAUCGUUUGUCAUUAUAACUGCGUGAUCGUCACAACGAAGGAUGUGUGAGAGAGAGAGAGUCAGUUUUUCCAUUCCUAAACGCUAUAAUAAUAAGCAACGAAGGUGUUUAUACUGAGACGGAUAUAAUUUUUUAACAUAGUACUAAUAACAUUGUAGCUGAAAUUUCUGUCAAAAUGGAUAAGCGACGACCGCCGCAGAGUGCUCAACAGUCUUGCAAUAACAACGACAACAAAAAUAACGACCCAGUAUCAAAAGCGAACGACGACAACGACAAAAACGACGACGACGACGGCUACGACUCAACAACGGUGUCCGCCGACGCCAAGAAAAUCCCAAAAAGGAACGACCGCAACAGCAGCAACAGCAGCAACAGCAGCAACGGCUACUCCGAUGGCGCAAACACCCGAAACCAGCAGGAAGGAGGCUACGGCUGGGUCAUCGUUAUCGCCAGUUUCUUCAACGCCUUUAUCAUCGACGGUACCGGGAGUUGCUUCGGCCUGCUGUUCCCGUAUAUCGUGGAGAAGUACGAGUCGUCUGCCUUCGUGGCGUCUUUUGCUGGCUCACUGUUUGUGGCGCUUAUGAUUAUGGGUACCGUGUCGGCCGAGCUUGUGCGUCGGUUUGGCUUCCGCUCUGUGUCCAUGCUUGGCGGUGUUCUCAGCUGUGUGGCCUUUGUGGCCAGUGUCUUCAGUCCCAACAUCAUCGUGUUUAUUCUUACUUAUGGACUCAUGGCUGGUUGCUCUUGUGGCCUGGUGUUCGUGCCCUCCAUUGUGAUCGUCAACGGCUACUUCCACGAGAAAAGAGGCUUGGCCAACGGCAUCAUCACUUCCGGCUCCGGGGCGGGUCUGCUGUGCCUUGCACCGUUCAUCAACUUCCUGCUGGAGCGCUAUCACCUCGAGGGCACCGUUCUCAUUCUUGCUGGGAUCCUGCUCAACAUGUGUGUCUUCUCCAGUCUCUACCGACCGCCCAGCCUGGGGACUUCUCACAAGACGGGGGAACAGGGCGGACGGAAAGAUGGAUGCUGGAGUGAGCAAAGAGAGUUGCAGAGUCAUUCAAAAGAGGGCAGCAAUCGGUGGUUUGGGGAUGAGGGUGUGGAGUCGUGGGAAACGGAUUUUGCCGAUAUUUGCGAAAUCAGCUUGACUGCCUCGAAUGAAAGUUUACCGUACGCUCAAAGUAAAACUUCGGUGGAUGGUUCAAAAUACGACGACCGACCUGCUCAAGAAAGCAGCAUCCACGAAAAGAAACCAAAAUCUGCCUUACAGUAUCUCCAAUAUCGCCUUUUUGCCAAAUCGAGGUCUGAUCAUGCAAGUCUUUUCCCACAUCUCCAAUUUGGAAGCCAAAAGAAACUGGAAAGAACAGGGAAGGGCACAGAAAGGGUGCAGUGGAAAAGUGCCCAUCAACUGCAGGGUGACGAUCAUCUACAGCCGUCGUCCAACCCACAAGUCUCUGAUCGUCUGCACCGUUCUGCUCAUAAUCUGCCGACGUGGACAACGGAUAAAGAGCACGACAGCGCUCCCAGAGGAAAACAGCAGUAUUUGCUGUCCACAAAUCACGGAACGAGCGAGCACAGCCACCACCAUUCUCAUCGUCCUCAUUCACAGAGUCAUCUCCUCCCCCCUGACCACGGCAGCAACCUGUAUCUUGCUGGCAGUAUUUCCACCCUGAAAAGCUUACACAACAAACAUUUGCACAGUCUUCACGCCUCCCAGUCGAGUGCCUUACACGUGGACCAUCAUCAUCACAGCUCUUCCAGGAUUCCCAAAGACAACUGCGACGAUGAACAACCUUCAGAUUUGCUAGUUUUGGGGAACUCCACAACUGAGAAUUCUUUACAUCUUCCUCCAAAGCUCAAAACGUCUCAUAAUUAUAUUCAUAAUACUCAUUCCCCUUUUCAAAGUGUUUCUAAUGUAUCUGCGAAAGACCACUCAAUCGGGGCUCUGCCAAAUGGUAAACCAAAUGAAAGUGUGUUGCAAGAGCACCUGCUGAACAAUUCAGACAAACACGCUCCUCAAAACAAAAGUCAACAGAUCAUGCCUCCGAUACUUAUUCUUUCUCCAACAGGACACCAAGGGUCAAACUCUUACCUUAAUAUACCCUCGUAUCACAAAAGUACUGAAAAUGUUGACAUUAUCGAAACAUGUCCAGCUUUUCCCGACGUAGACGAGUCCCUCCCGUUCUCAGGAUACACAACGAGACAACUGCUGAGUAUGCCCGCCUUUCACAUUUUCUGUUUUGGUGCUUCGCUCAUCCAGUUUGGAUACCCAAUUGCUGGGACGUUUUUGGCGGAUUAUGCCUACCAGUACGGACUGAGUUCAUCUCAUACAGCUAUCCUUAUGGUCUUGCUUGGUUCCUCCAACAUCUUUGGCCGCCUGCUGGCAGGAAGUCUGGCCAAUCUCGGGCUGGACCCGCUCCGUUUGAACAACAUGUCCCUUGUUCUGGGCGGUCUGGCCUGCCUUCUCUCGCCACUCUACACUCAGUUCUGGUCACUCUGUGUGCUCGCGUCGCUCUUCGGAUUUUUCCUAGGAUUUUUCCCACCUCUUCAGCCCCUCAUCCUAGUGGAGUAUUUCGGUCUGGACUCGUUGGUGUCUGCCUUCGGUUUCCUCACGACCAUCAAGGGUCUAGCCAAUAUUGUGGGGGCUCCUAUUGCGGGCCGGAUCUACGACGCCUCGGGAAACUACGCCUACUCCUUCGUCUUCGCUGGCGCCUGCUUUCUCACAUCCGCCUUAGUUCAUUGGUUGAUGACACUGGCGAGGCCGCAACUGAGCAUACGUGACAGAUGAUUUCUUGCAAAGUAACUUAAUACCGUUGUUGUUGUUGUUGUUGUUGCUGUUGUUGUUGUUGUUGAUGAUGCUGCUGCUGCUGUUGUUGUUGUUUAUGAAUAAACUGUCUUAUUUUUUUAGGGAAUUUAACAAACCCCUCGAUUGUUAGAGGCCUUGUUAUAAUAAAAAAAGGAUGAUAGGCGCAUUAUGGAUGCAACAAAAAUUAAACACAGAGACAGAUGUGUCAAAAGGAGGAUGUUACCAUGGAAUUGUUCACUACCCUUGCUUCAAAGAAGAAAUCACCCCAAGAUUACAAGGGUCCCGGCUUUGAGGGGAAAUCGCAGAAAAAACAACUUUCUGGGGAAUCCGUCUUAUAGCCUAAUGGUGUUGUUUUUACGUAAUGGUGAUUUUUGAGUUUUUGGGAGGUUGAAUGUGUUUACUGAUAGGUUCCCCCCCCCCCUUUCUCC